AUGUCCGGCCCCGUCGCCGCCCUCGUCUUCCCCGCCGUCUCGCCCCCGCACCUCGCCGCCGCGUUGUCCGUGCUGGCCCCGACGCCGGGCCUCUUCCCUGCGCCGCCUAAGAAGAAGAACCCGGGCUACUAUGAUCCCGUCGUCCAGGCCGCCCUCGCCAAGCUCCUCCUCGUCGGCGGUCGCGUCGAAGGCAAGGUCUUUGAUGUGGAUGGCAUCAAGUGGGUGGGCGGUAUCGACGGUGGCCUCGACGGUCUUAGGGCCAGGCUUGUGGCUAUGCUCCAGGGCGUCGGCCUCGGCUUGACCAACACCCUUGAGAGCGGAUCCAAGAGCCUGUGGCUCUCGCUCGAGGGCAGGAAGCUUCAGUUGGAAGAGGAGCAAAAGGGCGAGCAGAAGCAGGAGAGCUAA